GUUCCUGACACUGGCAUAGUCAACUCAUCGGUCGAGAUGGUCACCUUUGGACCCGGCACUGCUUAUGCCGGUUGCACAGCUGGCUAAGCCUGCUCUGGAGUCAAAAAUGAACUGGGGGUCCUUUUACGCCGUGAUCAGCGGCGUAAACAGGCACUCAACGGGCAUCGGACGUAUAUGGCUCUCAGUCAUCUUCAUUUUCCGUAUCUUCGUCCUGGUGGUUGCAGCGGAGAGCGUUUGGGGGGACGAGAAGUCCGGCUUCACCUGCAACACCCAACAGCCCGGCUGCAACAGCGUCUGCUACGACCAGUUCUUUCCCAUCUCGCACAUCCGCCUAUGGGCACUCCAGCUCAUCCUGGUCUCCACCCCAGCUCUCCUUGUGGCCAUGCAUGUGGCCCAUCGGCGCCACAUUGAAAAGAAGAUCCUAAAGCGGGCAGGCCGUAACAGUCCUAAGGAGCUGGAGCACAUCAAGAACCAGAAGUUUCGCAUCACCGGAGGUCUGUGGUGGACGUACAUGAUCAGCAUUGUCUUCCGAAUCCUCUUUGAGGUUGCUUUUCUCUACAUUUUCUACAUGAUCUACCCUGGCUUCAGGAUGGUGCGCUUGGUGAAGUGCGAUUCAUACCCGUGCCCCAACACAGUGGACUGUUUUGUGUCCAGGCCCACAGAGAAGACCAUUUUCACCGUCUUCAUGCUGGCCGUGUCUGGAGUGUGUGUGUUGCUCAACCUGGCCGAGCUGGUCUACCUCGUAGGCAGGGCUUGCAAACGAUUCUUUCGCCGCUCUGAGGAUGAGUCCAAAAUGGACUGGAUGAGUCAGAAAUUGUCUUCCUACAAAAUGAGACCAAUCAGCUGAUAGUAAACUAUUUUUACUGUGAGAUAAAAGAGAGAGGGGUGAGAGGAUAGGGAGAGAUUUGUCUCAGAAUUAUUUACACAAAUGUUUUCAGAUCCACAAAUAUAUCUGCGAUUUCCACGUUUUUCAGAUCCACAAAUAUAUCUGCGAUUUACAUUUUUCAGAUCCACAUAACUGUAUAUUCGUGAUUUACACAGGAUUUUCAAGUCCACAAAUAUAUCAGCGAUUUACAUGUUUUUUAAUCUUGUGUGUACAUUUAUCAUGACUUAUCAUUUGUAAAUAUUCAGUUCUGCUUGUGAAUUGUUGAAGCUGCUUUUGUGGAUCAGCGGGCUCGCACAUUUGUUUUUGAG